AUGACUUUCAUUCAAGAAUUACACAAAAGAGGCAGACUCUCUCCUGGUCUUGGUGCAAUCUUCAUUGCUCUCAUCCCAAAAGUUCUAGGUGCAGCUUCCUUCAGAGAAUUUAGACCAAUCAGUCUAAUAGGGGGCCCAGACAAGAUCUUAACCAAAGUCCUAACCUCUCGGUUGAAGAAAGUCAUUGGCAAGAUAAUCUUAGCAAAUCAAAGUGCAUUUAUCCCGAUAAGACAGAUUAUGGAUUGUGCUCUCAUUGCUAAUGAAUGUCUUCACUCGUGCCAUAAAUCGGGCCUGAAAAGUAUAUUUUGCAAUCUCGACAUAAAAAAAGCCUACAAUCAUGUUGACUGGAACCUUCUCCAAUACAUGCUUGAGCGAAUGGGUUUCAAUCCUAAGUGGAAAGAAGUGUCCCCUGACAGAAUUGAUAAUCUACGCACCACAAUAUGGGGUUUUGAAGCCGUAUCUGGGUUGAGAGUCAAUCUAGCCAAAUCGAAGAUGUAUGGGGUUAAUCUGGAAGAAGAAGAACUAGUCAGCUAUGCGUUGUCCUUUCACUGCUCCUCUACGUCCUUUCUGACCACCUUUACGGGCCUCCCUCUAUGCCUAAGACCACCUGCGAAGUCUCUAUGGAACAAGAUCUCCAAUAGAUUCGAAAAACACCUUGCUAGGUGGAAGUGCCGGUAUCUUUCUCUAGGAGGCCGCCUCACUCUUAUCAAGGCGGCGCUUUCCAAUUUACCUCUAUACUUUGUCUUUAUUUAG